AAACACUAAAGUUCGAUACAUCAUGCCAGGAGGACAACAGUUUGUUGACUUUUUGAUUUUAGCUGUUGCCAUGGAAAUAAACUUUGCUACAACAUUUCCUGUAAGUUUUUUGUGUGUGUACAUGAUCUAUUUUAACUAAUUCUUGUAUCUAUCUUUAUUUCAAAUUCAUUCCCCAACAAUGUUCAUAUUUCCCUUAGCUUUGAAAUCACAUCAGCCCUGAGUGUAUGUGCCAUCCUAGGCUUACUUUUGUGUUGUUUUAAAUAUCAAACAUUAUUUCUUGGAUCUAAAACAUGUAAUUAAUUUUCCAAUUCUGGAAAUGCCAAGUCAACUUGCCAAGAGACCAUCUUUGUGGAUUCUAUGUUAAAAUUGCGUUUGCUUAUUUUCCCAUUUAGUGCUUUACUUUCCUAAUUUAUAAUUUCAUUCCACAAUUGGUUCAUUUAAAAACAUGUUUAAUAAUAUCAUUAACAAGAAUGCAUUAUAUAAUACAAUGAUAAACUGGUAAUUUCAGACCUUAAGUCUUUUGCUAGCCAAGUAUUUAAUAGCAUGCAUCUUAACAACUUAUUACUAUUCUAUUGUUUGAAUUUAUUUUUGCUGAAAUUUCGUUACCAUUUGUACUCAUUAGGUCAAAAUAUAAAAAUAACUAUGUAAAAGCCUUAUUUUAUUAUUUUAUUUUACCAUUGUAAAAUAAGACAUUACAAGUGAUCUUAAACAGUUCAAAAGAUGGGGAUGCUAUUGAACUUGCUAAAGGUCUAAGAAGCCUGUCACAAUGGCUGAAAGGUUUUAAGGAAAUUAGCAAGGAUUUUCAUAGUGAGUAAACAUGCUUAAGGUUCUACUAUUAUGAACUACAUUGAUGAUUGUGCAUUUAUUAACAAAUUUAGAAUAACUCAAGAACUUAUUUAUAUAAAUUUGUAGCACUGAACCCAUUUUUAGCUAGAGAAAAUUUAAGUAAAAUGUUAACUUUGGAUAAAAUUACUAUAUAUCCUUCCACUUCACUUUAAGAAAAUUACAUGAAAUCAAACAGACCAGUAAAAUUUAUCUAUUAAAAUUAACAUUAGUGCUAAUUCUUAUUGCUUUGAAACAGAGAUCAUGGAACCAGAUGUGUUUUUCAGGGUGAUAAUUGCAUAUCUUCGAGGGUAAGUAUGGGAACUUAAAAUUGAUCAGUUUAAAAAAACAAAAACUAUUUAAAAACAUACAAUGAAACUUGAAAGGGAUACAUUUUUAAAAGUUAGAUGUUUAAAAUUAAGCUUUCAUUUUUUUCAUGUCCAUUUUUUCAAUGCUUUCAAAUUGACUGGUUAUAUCUAUUUAUGUUUUAUUGAUUUUUAAUCUUCUGCAACAUUCAUGAUUCCAAAUCUUUUUCUUUAGCUUCAAUGAGACAUCAGGAUUACCAGAUGGUAUGCUGUAUGAAGGAGUUACAAAACAACCAAAGAGAUUGGUAUGUUAGCAGUUUACAAAAAUGUUUUGAAUCUAGAAAAGAAUGUUUUGCGAAACUUAUUGUGAAUCAAGAUGCUGACAUGCCUAUUAAACAAUAUUUGUUAAUAUUAUAUUUUAAUUGGUUUGCGUUGUUAGAGGAAUUAUAUUAUAAUAAUUCAUUUUUUACAUGAUGAUUAAAUUCUUUUUAAAAAAAUGUAAAAUUCCAAACUUAAAGAUGUUGAUGAUGUUAUUAAGUAGGUGCAGUUAACUAAAUCUUGUAGACAAAUUAUCAAUAUUUUUGUUGUAAGCAGCCCAGAAUAGGAAUGCCCCCCACCCGGGGCCAUCAAAUAUCAAUACAAUAAAAUUACAAGCAAUAUUCUAGGUAAAUUAAUCAUGAAGCAUUUGAACAACAGGUGAUCAAUUCUGCAGCUUCACAGGCAGCUGUUUUUCAAAUAAUUGAUACCUUACUUAGGACCGAGUACCCACCAGGUAAUGUUUGUUUGAAGUAAAAUAAAAUUAAUGAGCUUAUUAAAAAAAACAUGGGCCUAAACAAUUAUUGACUUUGCAAACAAAUUGCAGGUAGCAAACAAUAUUUCUUUAUUUUUUAAGACUCUUAAAAACUAAGAUUACCUUUUUAUAUAAAUAUAAUAGAAUCCUUGUGGAAUCCUCUCCUUUAUUUUCAGUCUUAAUGCUGUUUACUAUUUGUAUUUAGAUGCACUGAUUUAUAAGACCUAUUUUGUCAACAAAGUUUGUUUUAGAGGUGUUUUAUUUCAAUUACAGUGAAUGUUAAAAAAUUAUUAAGUUAGUAUCUAUACUACUUAUUCAUUUAGAAUUUAGAUUGAGCUUCAAUUUAAAGUAAUGCAACAUGUUAUAAUUCCACACAAAAAAUAUUUUUCCACUAUUUCAGAUAAAGAGGAAUUCUUCAAAACUUUGCGCACAACCUGGUCAAGUAAACAUCGUGCAUUUUUGGAACAAAUCCAGACAUGGCCAGGGAAUGUGAGAGAGAUGGGUAAGUUUCUAUCCAGUGCAUUGUUGGGUUGAAACAGUGUGCAGCUGAGUUAUUAUUUAUAAAACAGUGAAACUAUAGAAGAGAUAUAAAUUUCUAUUAGGAUGUAAUGAGACAGUUUAACUUAAUAUUUUGUUCAACUAUCAUUUCAUCUCCAUCAACCACUAUGUAAUAGAUAUUUUAACAAUUUAAUUAUUAAAUAUUGCACAUAAAUGUUCUUAUAAUUAUUUAAUUAAAUAUUUUCUGCAAUGAUUUCAGCUGAAAAAGGUUCUAAUGAAGAUCUGACACAGGCAUACAAUGAAUUAGUUGAAGCCGUCAAAGAAUUCCGAACAUAUCAUGUGCAACUGGUCACAAAGUAAGUGGAUGUUACUUCCCUUUGAUAAUACAAAUGUAAUUAAUUUUUUUGGUUCAAAGUCUUAUUAAUAAAUAAUUAAUUACAAUUGCAAGUAUUUACAAUUUAUUCUAUGCAUUCAUGAUAGUAAAUCCUUGAAUUAUGUAGGCCUACAAGUCAACUAUUAUGAAACUUACAAAUUUAAACUUCAAAAAGGCCCUAUGUUUAUUUUGAAGCCUUCUAAAAUAUUUUAAGAAUAAUUUUGUGUUACAAAACCUUGAUGAAAAUCCCCUCUCUUGAUUGGGAAACCAAAAACAACAACAAAAAAAGUUGACAACAAUACCAUUGUACCAAAUGGCUUGUGUUCAAAAUCUGUGAAGAUGUCUACACUGACAUCUGCACUAUAAUCUCAGACUCUUAAGAAUUGAAAUUAUAUUCCAACUCUGAGGAUCAGGGCGUACAUAAAUUUAAAAAUUUUAAGAAUUUAUAAUAUUUAUAAUUCUUCUUAAGGUUUAUGGUGAUUCCAAACAAAAGGUUGAGAAAUGAAUUCAACGUACAAGAACCUGAUCAACUUGUUAGUAAGUAUUACAUAAUGCCACAUGUAAUUUGUUAAUUUUAGGGUUAUCUAUAGGCUACUUUUCAACCUGUGGGAUAAAAAUCUGUACCAAGUGUGAACCAUAUCACUUUGCAUGUAAGGGGUAACCCUAAAGUAAGAGAAUUGCGGAUGAAUUCAAAAUAAAUUGUGACUGGGCAAAAAUAGUUUUUUUUAAAAAUGAAGUUAUAAAAUCAACACUUGUAAUUUUCUUUGGCCGAAAUAUAUUUUUUUAAUAGGACCAUUUUAUUAAAAAGGAAUGUUACAAAUUUUAAUUAAUUGCUGUAUCAAUCCCUUGUUUUAUGAGUUAAAGCUUAGUUGUUAGUUUACCGGAGUUUAUAAACAGUUGUUUAAAGAUGUCCAAGCUUUAUAACAUGUUAAAAAAAGAGUUUUAUGUAAUUUACUCUGAGUUACCGAUUUAAAAACUGCAAAUUUAAGUUUCAAUAUUCAAAUAAUUUGCCUGCAAAAGUGUUUUUAGUGUCAUUUAAAACCUCUAGUGGCCCUCUCCCACACAUUUUUUCAAUUCCAUUUACAGUUUAGAAAUACUGAAUUAACAGGAACAAGGAAAAACAGGAACAAACUUUCCUUUGUUCUUUAAUUUUACAAUUGUUUAGCUAAUAAUUUAUUUCAUAUUAUAAACACUUUACUUUCCCAUUUUUAUAUCAGAUCUUAUGCCACUAUUAAAAGCUAUAAGAGAUGACUCGGCAAAGGGAAAAAUUGAUGUCUGAUCCUCCUGACAGCAAGAUUAAUCAGAAUCUGCAUAUUUUAGUAAAUGUUAUUUUAUCUCCUGUUAUGGAAUUGAAUUUAUUUAGUUGAUGGAACUAUGGGAAUGUUUCUAACACGUUCGAAUAAUUAAGAGUUUGUGUGAAUCUUUCAAGAACUUUGUUAAACACAUAGUUCUUGUUUAACUUUAUUAAAAACCUGAAUAACUGUGCUAGUUAUAAUAAAUGUUUUAAGUAAGUUUAAAAUUUCUUAAAAGUAUUGAGUAAAUUAAUUUGUAUUUGGGGUAAUCUAUUGAAAGUCCUUAACUUGUCAGGUAUUAUUAAAAACUGAAUCUUGGAGGUGCUGACCUGACCUUCCAUACUUUAACCAGAAAUAAGCACAUAUUAUUGGAACAAAUAUUACGUAUGACAUUUAAUUGUUAAAGAAAUUAUUUGCAUUUCAAUUUAUUGUAAAUAAUUAAAUAAAAUCUGAUUUCUGUUAAACCACAUGUACUGUUGAUUUUCAAUAACUUAUAGAAUAUUUUUAUUGAUCUUCAUUUCUAACAUUUCUUUUAUUAAAGUUGAUCUCUUGCCUAAUAUAAUUUUUUGUGCUGCCUCUUGCUGUCACAUCAUGACAAUAACAUUUUGCAUAUAAAUUACUUUUAACAAAAUAAAAUUUGAGUACCAGUACAAUUUUCUUUUAAAAAUGUUGAAUAUAUGUGGAUUUACUAAUUUUGUUUAUUUGUUUCUAAUAUUUUUCAUGUAUUUUGGGACAAGUAUUUUGCAAGUCAAGUUCUCACUAUUAUAUAUAAUAUUAUUAUACUUUUUGUCAAAAAUAAAACAAAUCGAUUUGUGUAAAAAAAAUAUAUAUUCUCUUUCAACACGAUCACUAAUUCACUAACACUACUCAACCUUCAACACCACAUAACUCACUAAUCACAAACGAUUUUUAAAUAUUUUUUUCAAAAUACAAUGACUAAUAUUUCUUCUUUUAAAAAGACCCCAUGCUAUUUGCAUGGAAUAUUUUUAAAAUCCUCAUAUUUAAGCCAUCCGAUUUUAUUUGAACCCAAUUAUCCCGUUAUAUGUAUUGUACCAAUAUGUAUCGAUAUGAUGACACACAAAGUAAUUUCCACAAAGCAAUAACAAUGAACAGGAUUAAACCAUUUUAUCAAAUUAAUUUUAUUCAAAUAACUUUAGAAUAAGUCAUCUUGAAACACCUCAUGGAGAAAUGUCUACAAGUGAUUAUAAUAGACAAUUUUUACAACAGUAUAUAAAUGAAGUUAAAAGUAACCUGUAUUCUUUCUUCACAAUUUCCUCAUAGACUUGUUUGUUGAAUAUAAUAGGAAAAAUGAAAUUCCAUUUACCUUUUAAAUUUCAGGUGCUUGUUGUGGUACAUAACAAAAAUUCUCUCUGCAUGCCAAAUAAAAAUGAUUAAAUGAAAAAUGUAAAAUCACUAUGAUGUGGAAAACAGUAACAAUUUUUAAUGUAAAUGAACUUCUAAAAGUUCAACUAUUUUAUUUAAUUCUAACAUGUUUAGAAAUUGUCAUAUAAAACAAGAAAUAAAAUCUAAUUUUAAUUGUUAUUAGAAGUCGGAAAUCUUUAUUUUGUUUCAAAGAUGUAUCAUCUUUUUCCAAUUUAAAUCCAUUAAAAACAUUAUUGCAAAAGACCAAUCUAUUUUUUUCAUGUUAAUAUCAUAUGAUAUGACUGGUCUGGAUGUAUGACACAUGAUACAUACAGAAGAGCUGUUAACAUAAUACAGAUCUAAAGAUAAAAUUGAAAGAGUAAUGAGUUUACCCAUACUUAAACUGAG